AUGGCGGUGUGUGCACUGACAAUGGAUGGGAUGGGAGACGAGGUGGCUGCAGUAAGCGGUGUGUUACUCCUGGUCUUGGCCCUGGCCCUGGCUUGGCUCUCCACACAAGUGGCAGAUCGGGGCGACCACAUCCUGAGCACCAUCCUUACAGUCGGUGCCCACGCCUCUCUAAUCGGGCUGGGGGUGCAUGACAGUUACGGUGGAGGGCCUCCUAGUGCAGACACGCCAGAGCAGCAAACAUCUCCACCCUCCCAGGAGAACAAGCCAGAGGAGGGGGAGGCAGGGUCUGAGAGGGAAGAUGGUGAGGGCACAGGAGAGGGGACUGCAGGGACUGGAGUGGACCUGCUGUUGAAUAUCCAGGGUAAGAAACCUCAGAGAUACCAGCUUGAUGAUGAUGAUGAAGACGAUGAGGAAGAGGACGACGAGGAUGACUAUGAGGAGGAAGAGAAGGUUCAGAAGCUGAGCCCAGUGGUCUCCUGCACCAGCAUCACGGUUCGAUUGAAGUUCCUGAAUGACACAGAAGAGGUGGCAGUCCUGAGGCCCCAGGAUACAGUGGGUCUACUGAAGAGGUUAGUAUGAUAUGGCAGCUCUCAUUAUACAUUUUCAGAGUUUAAUCUUCUUUUUUUUAAUUUUAUUGAACAUGCAUAUCUCUCCCAUACAGUCUUACAGAGACAUUUCUUUCUCUCCUCUAGUAAGUACUUCUCAGGGCGGGAGCGUCAGAUCAAGUUGAUCUACCAGGGUCAGCUGCUUCAGGAUCCCAAACGGACUCUGCUCUCCCUCAACAUCUCUCACAACAGUGUUAUCCACUGCCAUGUGUCCCAGGUGCUGCGGGAGGCCAGCCCAGAGGAGGCAGCUCGCUCUGGGGCCGGGGCUAGUGGGGGAAUCAGGGCUGCAGGCCUGGCUCAGAGCACCAGCAGCCUGGUGGUGCCGGUGUUUGUGGUGAUGCUAGCCGUGGUCUGGUACUUCCGCAUCAACUACCGUCAGUUCUUCACUGCCCCUGCUACCAUCUCCCUGGUGGGAGUCACUGUGUUCUUCAGCUUCCUCAUCUUUGGGAUGCACAGCCGGUGAGCGGGAGAGGAGGCAGGAUGGAAGGGCCCUCAUUUGGGCAGGAGAAUGAGACGGAAUAACAACUGUAUCAGGUGGUGUCAGGGGGGCUCUGCCUCAGACACCAUAGAACUCAACUGGAAUCCUAAGAGUGGGUGUGCCUGUGUUUGUGCAUGCACCAGCAAAUAGCAUUACGUGAGAUUGAUUGUAUGUGCAGAGAUUCAAGUUAUCUGGAAUGUGUGUUUGUUAGUAUGAAGCAGAAAUUAUACUGAGCUGUAAUUUUGCUUCUCAGAAAAACAUCAAUGAGUGAUUGAGUGGUUCUAGCUCCUGUUGGUCUUUACAGGGUAGAACCAUCAGCAUCACACCCAGGACCACAGGCUGCUUGGUCCACUGUGUCAGCAAUAUCUUCUGCCCAGUUUGACUCCACAUAGCCUGUUCUGUGUUAGGUUUCUCUCAGAAAUUAGGGUCUCUAUUCAAUCAGAUCCACUUUAGCCGUCAUCCGCAUAGCGGUUGUGUGGGAGGUGGAACUGUGUUAGAGCUGUCAAAUCCAC